AUGGAGCCGCCGAAGCUGGCGUGCACGCACGCCUGCGCGCCCGCGACCGUGAGAGGUCGGGGCGUCCUCUUGGGCGGGCACGCCGGCACGUCGCUCGUCACCUACGCCAGCGGCCAUCGCGUCGUCCUUCGCCACGUCUCGGAUCUCGUCCCGCCCCGCUUCUACGAGCAUCAGUACCCCGUCACCGUGGCUCGGAUAUCCCCGAACGGCCAGUGGGUAGCGUCCGGCGACGCGUCCGGCAGGGUCCGCGUGUGGGGCCUCAACGAGGACAUGACCCUCAAGGCUGAGCACCACCCGCUGUCGGGCGCGGUGGUCGACAUGGCGUGGUCCGACGACGGCCAGCGGAUCGUGUGCUGCGGCGAGGGCAAGCAGUCGUUCGCCAAGGUGUUCCUCUGGGACAGCGGCAGCGCGGUCGGGGACGUGUCCGGAAGCACCAAGCGCGUCAACUCCUGCGACUUCAAGCCCACCAGGCCCUUUCGCAUCGCCACCGCGUCCGAGGACUUCGCGGUGUCCUUCUACGAGGGACCGCCGUUCAAAUUCGUCAACACACCGCACAGGCACGGCAACUUCGCCAACUGCGUGCGCUUCUCACCGGACGGCGUCAAGUUCGCCAGCGUGGGCUCGGACGGCGUAGGCGUCGUCUACGACGGCCGGACCGGCGCGCCCAUCGCGGAGUUGCCAGCCGGGGGUAAGCUAGCCGGCGGCCAAGGCCAAGGCGCCGGGCACGUCGGAACGAUUUACGCGUGCGCGUGGUCACCCGACUCCGCCAAACUGCUCACCGCGGGCGCGGACAAGACGUGCAAGCUGUGGGCUGUUCCCCAGCUCGAGAAGCUCGCGGACCACUCGUUCGGUCAAACCGUUGGGGACAUGCAGGUGGGGUGCGUGUUCGUCGGCGACGUCGCCGUCACCCUCUCGCUCUCCGGAAACCUGAACGUCAUCGAGUCGCUUCUGGUAACCACUUCCGGAAACCCUCCUGGAAACCGCGUGGUUCGUUCGGGUCACCCCAAACCCAUCGGCGCGCUCGUGGUGUGCAAGUCCCACAAGGGUGACGUGUUCGCGGCUUCGCUCGACGCCGUCGGAGGAGGCGCGGCGGUCCUUCGAUGGCGCGACGGUGACGGGUGCGUCGCGACCGUGCGUGGGCCCGCGCACACGUCCGUGGUCGUCGGCGCGUGCGUGUGCGCGGGUAAGUACCUGCUCACCGCGGGGUUGGACGAUUUCAUUCGCGUCGCGUCGAUUGAGACGGAUUCGUACUUACCCGAUUUGGAGGGUUCACGCGUGAAGCUUCAAUCGCAGCCGCGUUCGAUGGGUGUUGACGACGCCGGAUCUCUCGUCGCGGUGGCGACGGGGGACGGGGUGGCGGCGUACACUUUCGACGGCACCCUCGGCACCCUCGGCACCGGCGAGCCGUCGAGUGUGUGCGUGCGAGGGGACGGGCGCGAGAUCGCCGUCGGAUGCAAGGACGGCGCCGUCCGUCUCUUCUCCGUCGUGCGUGCGAAAGACGUCGGUGUCGGUUCAGAAUCCGCGCAACCGUUUUCGUUGGUCCCCGGGGCGGUGAUGACGCGGCACAGGGGCGAGGUGACGGGGUGCGCGUACUCGCCCGACGGGACUCGGCUGGCGACGUGCGAUGCAAACCGCGAGGUGCUCGUCUGGGAUCCAACUGCCUUAACCGUCGUUUUAGACAAGAUGGUGUACCACAGGGCGAGGGUGACGUGCUUGGGGUGGAGCGCGGACGGCGUGAGGCUCGCGACCGGCGCGCUGGACGGCCAGAUCAUCGUAUGGGACACGACUAAACCGCCGUUGGAGGGUCGAUGCGCCGUUGACGGGGCGCACGUCGGCGGCGUGACGUGUUUGGAGUGGCGGGAUACAAACACCGUCGUGACCGGCGGAUUCGACGCGUGCGUCAGGACGUGGACAAUGGCGCCGUGA